AUGGCGACGGAUCCAGGCACGGCCAGGAACGGAGCUUGUGGCUCUGGGAGCAACGGCCGUGAACGAAGCAGAAGUCCCCAAGGUAGUGGCAAGGGCAAUGCUGAGGUCUUCGCAGGCGAUGCAGCAGAAAGUGCUGAGGCGGUGGCCCCAUGCGCCGGCGUCCCUGCCCAGCAACCUGCCCUACCUGCAAAUGGCACACCUGCCGGUCUCGGGCUGCCGGGCAGUCCAGGGGCGCCGUGUCCGCCCUGCGGGCCUUGCAUGGGCCCCUGCGCGACGGGACCGUGUAUGAAUCCAAUGCUGCAGAUGCAGCAGAUGCAAAUGAUGCAAAUGCAGCAGAUGCAGCAGAUGGUUGGCAUGGGGAUGAUGAUGGGCAACAUGUUCAACAUGAUGGGCGCCGGCGGUGUGCCUGCAGUGCCCGGGGUGCCUGGAGUGCCAUCGGUGCCCAGCUUCGAUCCCAUGGCCCUGAUGGCCACGGGGGCGCAGGCCGAGGAGGAGGAAGAGGAGGUCGACGUCCCUCCAGGCCCCUCGUCGACAGUCGGCCACCCAAACUACCGCCCUCCGGACGCGGACCAGAUUCCCGGGGUCACCGACAAACGGUUCGAAGGCAAGAUCCGAUUGUGGUGGGACUCGAAAGGCCAUGGCUUAAUUGAAUGCGAGGAGGUCCGGCUCAAGUUUCCGGGCCAAGACGGCGUGUUCCUGCACGACAGCCAGAGAAGGCACUUCAAGAAAGGUGAUGAGGUCACCUUUGCAGUGUUUGUGAACUUCCGAGGGAGGCCGCAAGCGACUGAGCUAAGCGAUCUCUGCGACCCCCACCAGCCGGGCCCUGGGGAAUAUGAUCUGGGUGCGUGGAAGGUGCUGGUGGUCCACGUGAGGGGCGGGCCUGACGGCUGCACGCUGGAGGUGCUGAACCGGCCGGUAGCGAGGCAGCCUGGUUGCUUCGUCUUCGUUGGAUACCCGCGCCCUCUUGCCGGCACUCGCGUGGUGAAAUUGCAGGGUGUGGAGUUCUAUGCUUUCACAGCUCCACACGAGGACACCAUCCAGGUGGCUGUGUGGCGGCAGCUGGGAGAUGUUGUCGAUGCCGGUUACAGGCAGCCCGGCGAGUCGUCUCCUUUCAAUGUCCAGCAGGUCUGCAGCGGUGACUCCUUGAGCCCCGGGAGGAUAGGGGCAAGGGUCGGCCCUCUUGCUGACCUCUACCAGCGCAAGGAGUUUGACAGGACGGCUUGGGUUUAUUGGGAAUCCUUCUGGGUGCCCACAACGCUGGCAGGUGCCAAAGGCUCAGCUGCCAAGCCAUUGUUCAAUCUUGCCACUGUGGCGCCGGCUGGAGCAGAGGCACAAAGAAAUGGCCCGGAUCCAGCACAGGCAGCCAAAACAGAGGACACUGGAACGGCCCUGUCGAAGGCAGAGGCCUUCUCUGAGAUCUACAGAAGGAAUGUCUGGCCCGGACUGCUUUCCCGCUCCGGGCCAGGGUCUGACCCCUUCCAUCCGAUGGUGCGCAUCGCAGUGACAGCAAUCGACAUGGCUCUGGACUUGUUGGCAGCUCGAUCACUUUUGGACGCGGCCUGCGGCGACGCAGCCUGGAUGGUCGCAGCUGUCCUGUCGAGGAGGCCUGUCCAGUACACCGGCGUCGACAUAGUGCAGCAUGUGAUUGAGGAGAACCAACGGAGUUUUCCAUCCCACAGAUUCCUAGCGGCGGACUGCAGCUCCAACGCCGAGCUCCCGCAAGCAGACGUGGUCUUCUCCAAGGAGACACUGAACCACAUGUUCGUGGAGGACGCGGUGCAGGCGUUGAGAUGCUUCCGAAGAUCCUCCAGGUACCUCGUGACGAACAUCCACAGAGGAGCUCCAAACAAUCUUGGGGCCUCUAAGGGGCAUCAUGCCCAUUAUGUUCCGUACGAUUUCUCGCUGCCGCCCUUCAAUUUGAGGAAGCUCUGCCAGCUUGUCCCUAUCAACCACGAGGACUGGACGGAGUUUGCCCUCUUCGCCUUGUGA